AUGUCUUCUUCUACAACAGACCGAUCUAAAAAAAUCGGCAAUGCUCAGUCUUCAAAUAAUGUCCAAUCAACUAGAUCAAAUUCCAAUAACGAUAAUAACAACAACACAAAUAGCUCUACUAAACAACCUGAUACUGCAACAAAUGACUAUUAUUCAAAUGUUGGUGGUAAAAGUUUACCAAGUUUGUCUAAAAUAACUCAAUCAUGGCCCUUAGGUUCGAAUAUGGAAUUACGUGUUUAUAUAUCAGAAGAUGAGGAAUUCAGUAAAUUUGAUGAUGCAUUAGCAUUAGUUUUACAUGAAAAAAAUAUUGUUUUUGGAGAUUGGGAUGAUGAAAUAGAAAAAUUUGUUGAAAUCACGCCUUCCAAAAAUGUUCAAAAUAAUGGUACACUUUACGCUCAUAUUUAUCUCACACUUGAUAAAUCUCCACCUAAUCCUAAUCACCCAGCCUUUCAAAAUAAUAUGAGCGUUUAUAAAAAAAAGGUCAUUACAAGAUAUCAUCCUAAACGUAAAAUAAUAAAAACGAAAAAUCUUAUUGGUGGUAGUGUUGAUGGUGAUGAAGAAGAAAACGAAAAUGAUACAGAGAUUGAACAAAUAGAUUCUAAAGAAACACCAAUUGUUUCAUAUUGGGCUCAAAAUUUAACUUUAAAUAUUGUAUCUGAUGAUGCAGUAGUUCCAUAUACUCAAUUACCUCCAGCGAUUAAACCACUUGUUCAACUUGAUCCAAUAAAACCUAGUCAAUAUCUUCCAAUAUUAUUUAUAAAUGAUUUCUGGAUUUUAAAAGAUCAUUUGUCACCAAUCAAUGAAACUGUCAAAACAUUGCCUUUGACUAUAAAAUAUUAUCCAAUAUCAUUUUUUAAAUUUCAAGUUUACGUACAAAUGGACGAAUCAUUCCAACGACAGGCGGAGUUCAUGGGAGCUGAUGCAAAUAGUGAAUUUGAUGAGAUAAAGAGAAUGUUUAAGGAAACUAACCCUAUUCUAUUAGGAGUGACCUUUACGGUUUCUAUUUUACAUAGUAUUUUUGAAUUCUUGGCUUUUAAAAAUGAUAUUUCUCAUUGGAAGAAUAAAAAGGAGUUGACUGGAGUAUCAGUCAGAACUAUUUUAUCAAAUAUUUUUUUCCAAUUAGUAAUAUUUUUGUAUUUAAUCGACAAUAAUCAAGAUACAAGUUGGAUGAUAUUAAUUGGUCAAGGUGUAUCUGUUGCUAUCGAAGUAUGGAAGAUUAAGAAAGCCAUUGAUGUUGAGAUUAAGCCCACACAAAAUAAAUUCAUGCCAUAUUCGAUAAAAUUUGUUGAUAAACAUAAAUUAUCAGAAACAGAAGCAAAAACCAAAGAAUAUGAUCAAAUAGCAUUUCGCUAUUUAUCAUGGUUGGCAUAUCCUUUACUAUUUGGUUAUGCUAUUUAUAGCUUGUUAUAUGAUUCACAUAAGAGUUGGUACUCGUUUAUAUUGAAGACACUCGUUGGAUUCGUUUAUGCAUUUGGAUUUAUUAUGAUGACACCACAAUUAUUUAUUAAUUAUAAACUUAAAAGCGUUGCACAUAUGCCAUGGAAAACUUUAAUGUAUAAAACGCUUGGAACAUUUGUUGAUGAUUUGUUUGCCUUUUGUAUAAAAAUGCCAACAUUGCAUAGGCUAGCGUGUUUAAGAGAUGAUGUGAUAUUCUUUGUUUAUCUUUAUCAACGAUGGGCUUAUCCUACUGAUGAUAAACGAGCAAAUGAAUAUGGUCAAGUUGGUGAUGACGAUGAAAAAUUAAUCAUUAUCUAA